AUGGAAGUUAAAGAUCAACUGCGCCAGAAAAAAAAGGAAAAUGAUGUAAUCUACAAAGAUGAGAUAAGUUUUCUGCACAGUCUAAUAAAAGUGUUGCAUAUUGCUUACUCAGUUUUAGUGAUGAUGUUUUUGGUAAAUCCAUUGAUUUUAAUUGGCUACAAGUACUACCGGACAAAGGAAUGGGAUCUGGUGUUACCAUUUCUGAUUUUGUACCCUUUUGACUCGCAUGACAUAAAGUACUGGCCUUUUGUUUACUUGCAUCAAAUUUGGUCAAAUGUCGUAGUAAACGUUUACAUAUGUUCGUCAGAUUUUAUUUUAUACACUUGCUGCACAUUUAUCACCAUACAAUUCCGUCUUCUACAAUCUGAAAUAAAAGACUUAGUUAAGGAGAAUACAACAUUGAAAAACUUCAAGACCAGUUUUCGGGAGAUGGUAAUGUGGCAUCAAGAUUUGAUAAGGUGUACACAGACACUUGAAGUUAUUUACUCCAAGAGUAUUCUCUUCAACUUCAUAUCAAGCUCCGUUUUAAUUUGUCUGACUGGAUUCGAUGUGUUGGUAUUGACAGACAAGAUUAUGGUUAUCUCGUUCGUAUCAUUUCUAUUGACGAGUCUACUGCAAAUUUUCUUCGUGUGUUUCUUUGGAGAUCUAUUAAUGAGAUCGAGCAUGGGAGUCGGUGAUGCUGCUUACAAGUGUCUAUGGUAUGGUAAAGAGCCAUUUGUCGGCAAAAAUUUGCUUUUGAUGAUGAUAAGAUCAAGCAAGCCCUGCAAGAUUACUGCAUACGGGUUUGCUGAUGUAAACCUAACGGCAUUUAUGAGGAUCCUAAGUAACGCCUGGUCGUACUUUGCAUUGCUGAAAACUAUUGUAUUCGGUUGA